AUAAGCACAAACCCCUCAGUACGUGUGCCUCAACUGGUGUCUUUGUCCAGAUCAGCGAGCUACGCAUGUAAAUAACGACCAAAGUUAGCGAACAGGAAGAAAAAGAAUACAAGACACGGAUCGGACGUGUGUUUGUGAAGAAACGACAUGGAUAGAAUAUUACAAGCGAUAUCCUAAGGCCAUGAGUACCCCACAGUCCACACCGCAGUCGAAGCGCGUUCACAAUGAGAGCAGUAGCAGUAAUGGAGCAAGCGGAGGCGGCGUCCGACAGAACAACUGGAUCUUUACCUCGCAGGAACUACAUCACUCGCCAUCACUGCGCGACGGAAUCGAUUACAUGUCUGAGAUUGUGCUGCGCGCCAAAGGGUGUGCGUUCAUCUACCAAGUCUCAGCACAGCUGCGCCUGCCGCCGCCGGUGGUCUACACGGCCACGACGAUGCUGCACCGGUUUUACAUGCGGUUCUCGCUCAAACGGUAUCACCACUACGACAUUGCGGCGACGUGCAUCUUUCUGGCGACAAAAGUGGAGGAGCACACGCGAAAGUUGAAGGAUAUAGUGAUUGCCUGCUGCCGGGCCGCGCUGAAGAAGGUCGAUCUCUACAUCGACGAGCAGAAUAAAGAGUUUUGGCGAUGGCGGGAUACUAUCUUGUUUGAUGAGGAACUGCUGCUUGAAGCGCUCUGUUUUGAUCUUGUGCUUGAGAAUCCGUAUACGGUACUCGCGGGCUUCGCGAGACGGUUCGUGCCGAACGAGCAGCACCGUUCGCCGCUGAUCAAGGCUGCAUGGGGCUUUCUGACCGAUUCCGCAAAGACCACUGCCGCGCUGCGAUAUCCACCCAAAGUGCUCGCAGCGGCAGCACUUUUCUACGCGUCUCACGUCACAAAGCUGGAUCUAUUCCCGGAUCCGGCGGUCAGUCGCGCGGCGCCGCUCAGGGAUUGGUGGAGCGAUGUGCCGGUUUCAAGUGAGCAUAUGAGGCAUGUUUGUAAGAUAUUGGUUGAUAUGUCGGCAGGGCCACUGGCGAAGUUUGUAUGGGAACAGAAGUAUAUUGAGGUUUGAUUAUUUGUUAAAUUGUAAUAUAGACACAUGGUAUAAAAUAAUAAUAGAUACAGCAGAACAUAUAACAUAAUUCA